AUCGAGGACCAAGUCACAGAGGAAAAUGCAGAGCCUACACCAGGCUGCUGGCCGAAUUCUCAUUUCCCUGGGGGCUCUCAGUGUAGUCUCUGGAGUUAUCGCUUUCUUCCCUGUCUUUUCUUACAAGCUUUGGUUCACGGGAUGGAGUGUCUGGAUUGCUUGCCCCAUCUGGAAUGGAGCUUUGGCCCUCACGACUGGUAUACUUCUGCUGUUGGCUCACAAAGAGUGGACCAAGAGAUACCUGUGGGAAGCUAGUUUCACCUUUGUGAUUCUGAGCAUGAUGGGAUGUCCACUUCACUUUGCUAUAGCCUUGGAAUCUGCUCUCCUUGGCCCAUAUUGCUUCUACUCGUUUUCAGGGAUAGCAGGGACUGAUUACCUUGGUUAUGCAGUUGCCUUUCCUUUUCCGUAUGCAAGCUUCCCAUCAGCUUGUGUGGACCCGCUGCAUUAUGAAGAGUACCACCUGACCCUUCAAGCCUUCGACCUGUGCCUAAGCUUUGCCAUGUUCUGUGUGUCCUUGACAGUGUUCAUCAAGCUUUCUGCAGGACUGAUCUGGAAGACACACUUACACAUACAGCCAAGCUCCUUCAUGUGAUAUCCAUGUGGGUGCAGCUCCUCUCCAAGAAUCUGGAUUGACGAAGGGGAAUUUACUGUGGUUAUGAAAUCCAAGAAUUUCCAAGAAGAGAAACAGAAAAAGUCGAUUUGAAUUUCCAUACCGAGGAACGCUACCUUAUCGAGGAAGCACUGCAUUCGACAUUAU